AUGCACAAAGAGCCUCAGCCUGAAGUUUUGGAGGACAGGGCGGUGUUGAGUGAGUCUUGGGACCAGUUCCACGACUGUGCCAACGUGGCCAUGGCGGGCUGCCCGCAGGAGGCGGCGGCCGUGUGGGAGUCGCUGCGCCAGGAGUCCAAGAAGAUGCAGUUCUCCGGGAACCUCUACGACAUGUGCUCCAACCGGGACGGCCUCCCCCCGGCGGAUUCCGCGGUUCCCCGCGGCUCCCCGGGCAAAGAGGAGGUCAGCCAGGAGUCUCUGCGGGGGGGCGCGGCCGGGCGGGGGGGCGGCCCCGGCCUCCUGGGGCUGCUGCUGACCGCGGCGCUGCUGCUAAUGUGGCUGUAA